CCCUUCGGAAGCCUUCCGCUAGGGAGGGCCCUUUAUGUGUCCUAGGAACUCCACGGCCGGAUUUCCGAACGGGUAUCACUCCAGAGGCCCCCAAGUCCCCUUCCUCAGAGGCUUCUUUCCAACAUGGCCACCCAAUGCUUGGCACAGUAUGGGUGCUCACUACACAUCUGUCUGAUAAAUGAACCUGUGAGUGCGUGAACUAUUUAACCCCAGUUCCAGGGACUUCAAGGGCCUCCAGCUUCUUCGUAGACCGUCGGCUAUUCCCGACGAAGGCAGCAGGCCUCUCGAACAUCUUCGGAACUCUCCGGAAACGCCCUUCGGAAGGAGGGCCGCCUUCCGUCCUCUUGCCACAUGCCCACUUCGGAUCGCUUCGGAAACACUCGGUCUCCAUUCGGCCACCUUCGGAAAGCUUCGGCUAUCCCCGGGAGCCCCUUCUCUCAAUUCGCCCUCCCCCGGCCCCUCUUCAACGCCUGAACCCUGGUCCUCCUUAAGGGGAAAGAACCUCGCCUGAUACAUCUCUGUCACAGCCUGGCGAGACUCCCAAGUGAACAGAAGGAACGGCAGGGCCUUAUGUCACCUCCAUCAGGACAACUCGUGAUUAUGUCCAGGAACUCCUCGAGGGCAGAGGCUUUGUCCAUCUCCUUGCCCUUGGAUUUCGCCCCUAAUGAGUCCCGACAGUCCCGAGGCCCCAGGAGAAAUCUGAGCAAACAGGGACGUUGGGGUUUGCCUUGCUCCUUCCAGUGGCGUGCUCUAAAUCUGAUGGUGGCGACAGAGUUCCUGUGAGUACGAUCCACAGUUCUGUCUUUGGGCUCAUUCUCUCUGGACCACACAGGCGACCUCGGCAGGCAGGCAAUAAGUGCCCACUUCCAUCCCUUAAGGCGCCCUGACUUGCUGAUCCUCUGCUUCCUCCUGGGGGCCCAGGGCUUUGUCUGAUACUUGUUUUUUGACCCCACGUGUCUCCACCGCGGGGCCCGCUGCCCAGGAGGCGCGGGAGGCAGGCAGAGAAACAACGCCACGGCUCCCCCCGCGCCUUACGGUGCCGCCAUCAGAAAGUCCUGAAUUUGGACCACGUGCGGCUUCAGACUCCUUGGGGGCACAGGGGGCCCGGGCCACACUAACCUGUGCGCCCAGCCGGCCCCAGCAUCGGCUCCUGAGGGCCAGGGCGCCCCCAGGCCGGGCCCUUCCACACCCGGCCCGGCCCAGGUGACCAGGAGAGCGCCGGGCAUACCUGGCGCAGAAUCCUGACCCCGCCCCGGGCCGCACCCGGAACGCGGAACGCGCUCUCCGCGGGUCAGAGCCAGCCAUGGCGGCGGCGCCGGCCGUGUGCACCUCGCCCGGGACCCCGCCGAGCGGUGCACCGUCCCCGGCGGCGGGCGCGCCGGGGCUGGCGUCCGGCCUGGGCCGCUGUCGGAUGGCGCUGCUGCUGGCCGUGGCGCUGGACGUGGCGGGCAUGGCGGCGUUGCUGACCGGCGUGUUCGCGCAGCUGCAGGUGCGCGGCCGCGACUUUGGCGACCUGCUUAUCUACACGGGCGCGCUGCUCGUCUUCCUGAGCCUGCUCGGCUGGAUCCUCUGGUACACCGGCAACAUCGAGAUCUCGCGCCAGGAGCUCGAGCGCGACUACGGCCUGAGGCCCUCGGCGCUCGCCCGCCUCGCGCGGAAGCUCUCCCGCCGCUGGUCGGCGCCGGCUUCCUCCGCCGCCGGCCGGCGCGCCGCGCCCGGCUCCCGGGGAGCGCGCCGCGCCGCCCGCACGCCCCCGCCGCCCGCCGCCGGUUCCCGCCGCGUGCGCCUGCAGCUCGCCUCGCUGGAGGCCGGGCCCGGGGCGGCGGGAGCGGGCACCGAGUGAGCCCGAGAUGAACGCGUGGCCCCAGCUGUGAGCACCCGAUGGAGACGUGCUGCCACGCCCAGGAGCCCCUGGCCACCAGGAUACGCCUGCCUGUCUCCCAUCUCUCCUGCCCCAGAUAAACGGCUCUGCCUCCCA